UGUCAGGCAUCGCCCGGGCAACGGGAGGACACCAAACCGAAGAGGCUGGUCCGUUUCCUUACAGCAGAGAUAAGCUUGCUCAUUGGCUAGGAGCGUUGCCUAUAACAACGGGAAGACGCUGAUCAGAGCUGCUUUGGUGGCAGGCAAGCAUCUUCGAGGCCUUGGAGGGAGCCGGGGGAUUUCCCGGCCUGGCCAAGCUGCCACAGGAGCCAUGUCUCAGCCUGCCGUGCUUCUCACCCAGGAGCCUGCUCCGCAGAGCAUCCCUGUGUCUGAGCUGCCCAUGAAGGUUUACGAGCCGGCUCUGAACACCGGUCCUGACUCCUCCAGCGGUUUGGCUACGGCCGGCUUCCGCACUGCCAAGUUCCUGCCCGAAGAAUGGCACCAGAACAACUACAUCCGAUAUCACGAGGCCUUUGCCGACCGCGACCACUCCGAGCGCUGCCGCCACGAGUCCCAGAACCUGGCCAAUUACACGGCCGAGUUGGCCCAGCGCACCCAGGAGGACUCCACAGCUAAGGUGGGCCAGAGGCUCCAGGACAUCCACUUCUGGAAGUCAGAGCUCCAGAGGGAGAUUGAGGACCUGGUGGCUGAGACUGACCAGCUGGCGGCCCAGAAGCUGCGGCUGGAGCGAGCCAUCGAUGCCACAGAGAUCCCCUACAGCAUCGCCACGGACAACUUGCAGUGCCGGGAGCGCCGGCAGCAUCCUGACCUGGUGAGGGACCAGGUGGAGGUAGAGCUGCUGAAGGAGACCGAGCUCAUCCGAAAUAUCCAAGAGCUCCUGAAAAGAACAGUGAAGCAAGCCAUUAACCAGAUGCAGUUAAAUCGGGACCACAAGCAGGUCUGCGAGAUGGAUUGGUCAGACAAAGUGGAAACCUACAACAUCGAUGAGAAAUGUGGGCGGUACACCAACCAGAGCACCAACAUUCAAUUCCACCCCAGCUCCUCCAAGUUUGAGGACAGAAUUGUGGUCGAUCCAUACACCAUUGAUGAACAGUUACUGUUUGUUUGUUUGUUUGUUUGUUCCACUAUCUUUCAUAUCCGCUUUGAACAGACCCUCCAAGAGAUUGGGCACCAAGAGCAUAACAUUGAGGCACUGAAGCAGGCAAUUAAGGAUAAAGAAACACCCCUCAAAGUAGCUCAGACAAGGCUGUAUGAUCGCUCCUUUAGGCCCAACGUGGAUCUCUGCAGAGACACUGCCCAGUUCAGGCUCAUCAGCGAAGUGGAAGAACUGACGGAAUCCAUUGACUCUCUCAAAAAGAAGCUUCUGGAAGCCGAGCAAAGCCUCCGGAAUCUGGAGGACAGCCGGAUGAACCUGGAGAAGGAGAUUGCCGUGAAAACCAACAGCCUUUUUAUCGACCGGCAGAAAUGCAUGACCCAUCGUACCAGAUACCCAACUAUCCUGAAACUGGCAGGCUAUCAGUAGGAUGUCACUGGAAGUGAAGGAAGCAAUCAGUUUUGGUCCCUGAAAGCUCUAUUUUCCUAAAAAUGUUUGUGGUUGAUGGUGCCAUUCUUUAGUCUUGUAAACGCUUCUGGGAUAAAUUAUUAAAAUAUAGAAUUGUUGUGGAAGAUAGGGUUGGUACAAAUUUUAUUUAUUAAUUUAACACGGUGUUUCCCAACCUGGAUCAGUUUCUGUGGCAUGGACUUCAACUCCCAGAAUUCCCCAGCCAGCAAGGAUUUGCUGGGGAGUUCUGGGAUUUGAAGUACACUCCUCGGAAACCGGUCCAGGUUGAGAGACAUUGAUUUAAAUGAUUUGUAUAGCCACCUCUCUCGCUUUUACAUGAUUCUAGACAGCUUACAAUAAAAUAAACUACAUACAAUGCACAACAGAAAAUAAAAACAAAAGACAUAGCAAUUGGAUAUUAUCCCUCCAACUUUCCACCCAGCCAAGAGAUAUUGUAGUUUAAUUCUGGCUUGUUGAUCAUGUGCAGGGCCCAUGAGGUCUGGUGGGCAGAAAAGCAGGAUGGAAAUGCUGCUUUAAAUAAAGUCCUUUAUUCUCUCCACAUUAAAAUUUAGGCAAUUUUUGUUGAAUGCAGAUAGUUGAAGCGUUUGGAGGAUUUUCCGAUUCAGAAAAGCUGACGAAGAUUUAUAUAAGAGGUAUAUUAAACCUGAAAGUGAUCAUAA